UUAAACCUUCAUGAGCUUUAUAAGGCACUCUGCACGACUGAAACACAUCGGAGGACAUUUGAAGGCUUUUAAUUCCCUAUCACAUGUCAACAGGAGCUUAAGCAGCGCUAGUGGUAAAGGUAAGCUGAAAUAACUCGUUACUUUUCGGCACACGGGGUAAAAAUUGGUUCGAUACACAUAGAAGUUUUAUAUUAAAAAAUACACUUUUCAGUUGGUAGUAACGCUCCUGAGCUUGAUCAUGGGGAGAAGAAAGAGAGAGGUGGAUGGGGAGGGGGGCAGGUAUUGGGUUAGAGAGGGAGGCAGCUGGUGGUGAAAUAUCUUACAAACUUGACAGUUUGUGAUACACUUGUCUAUUAACAAGUCUAUCAGUUCUGACUUCAAUAUUUAACUCUGACAGAAUGCUUUGAAUGUCGUAAGCCAUUUAGUAUCUUAGACCCAUCAGUAAUUGAGCUCUGUGCCUUUGACUAUUAACACAUUACACCCAAACUCCAUUAUACAUAUUCCCCAUACUGUUCUCUGUACAUUUACUAAGAUCCGGACAAGGAGAAUUUGUUUGAUAAUCAUUAGAGUCUCUUUAGUUGGUGAUCAUUUUCCUUUAUUCUUGUGACCUAAUCUUCUUUAGAGAAGUUAGAUGCUAAUUACUUUAGGAAUCAAAGGAUUAUAAACCUACACCAGCUUUGGGGCUCUCAGAAAAUCCUUAGGUUUUUCCUUUUCAUGCUGACAAAUCAAAGUUAUUUUUGCAUAUGUCAGAAUGUAAGCUUUCAACUUUCUUUGUCAGAAGCUGACUUAAUUUUCACCUCUCUCCUUUUUCUGAAGUAGACAAGCUGUUUUUGAACCACACAUUUGAAAAAAUCAUACCUAAUGUGGUGUGAUUGCUCUAACACCAGGUAAUUACCUUUUGAACCCGAUUAAACAAUCACAACAACCUUUUCCAACCCCAAUUCUUGAAAAUAAUUGCUAAGACUCACAUUUUAUGAGAAAGAUCAAGAAAGAAAAAAAAGAAACAGAAAAUACUGUUUAGGUUCUGGUGUCUUGCAAUGGAUCAUUCUCCCGAUUCAUAUACUUUAAAUCUUUUAGACAACUUCAAACCAACAAUGGUGCAUCUUCUUUAAUUUCUCAUGGCACCAAUACUUAUAGCCAUGAUGAUCUAAAGGAAGACUUAGUCCUUUAACUCCUCAGGGUAACUGGCUUCUAAUUUCUCCUAACAGUAUCACCCUUGAAUCUAAGGGAAAGGUGACGAGAAUAAAGUACUCAAUCACCAAUUUCAGGAGCUCUUGACAGUCACACAAAUUCUCCUUGUCAGCGCUUUAGGAAAUGUUAUGCAGAGAGUUUGGAGAAAGUGAAUGCUUAUGCUGGGGUGUAAAGGGUUAAACAUUAUUAUUUAACUUUCCUUGGUUGAUUUAGAUUCAUCUGAAUAUGAUCUCAUUGUAAUUGGCGGUGGGUCUGGUGGACUUGCUUGCUCAAAAGAAGGUAAGGACAAGAAAUCAACUCUGAAUACUAAAUCACGAAAGUUAUUUAAACCUUGAAACUCCCAUGAUCUGAUUGUUAAUUCUUCUCUCUACUAAGCUACUGCAUAUUUCCUUGUAUACUAAAUAAGUUACAACAUAUCCAAUGAGUUGGAGUAUUCUCAUUGCCUGUUCGAUGGAUAAUGUAUGGAUAACAUAGGGAGAAGGUUCAUUUUAAUCACUUCUGGGAGGUUAAGAGCUAAGGGGAAACUCAGCCCAUCAGUUGUGAAUUAACUGCUACUUUUGUUAUCUUGCAGCGGCAAAAUAUGGAAAAAAAGUUGCGGUAUUGGAUUUUGUUUCUCCAUCUCCUCAAGGUACUGUCAGUGGAUGGUUGCACUCUUACCAGCAACUGGUUCUAAUUGUAAUAUUGUAUCUGUUGGAAACAAAAGUUCAUAAGUCUUAGUUUUGCUUUUAUGUUGUUUUGUGUUUCAUUCUCAUUCAAGGUUCUGUCUGGGGCUUGGGUGGAACCUGUGUUAAUGUAGGAUGUAUUCCAAAGAAGUUGAUGCAUCAGGCAGCGCUGUUAGGAGAGUCAUUGAAGGUACAAUUAAUUAGGUACAAUUAUCAUAAUUACAGUAAUUCAUUGCAGUUUUCACCUUCUACAACCUAAUAUCAGUAUGCUUACUCACCAUACUUUUCUCUUUGCAGUUGCUAUCAAUGGUACUGACAAAAAAAAAAUUUUAAUUGACUUUGACCUGUAAGAGUGACUAGCAUCUAAUUUCUCCAAACAAUAGCACCCCUGAAUCACACAUUAAGGCUAGUAAAGUGAUGUCAGGUUCCUGGAAAAACUUAGAAAGCUGUCAUCAUUAUAUUUGGGAUAUUAUAAUUUGUGAUGGAAGGAAAAAGCCAAUUGGUUUCUAGUGAAACCUUAGCUGACUAUCUCAGUACUAGUAAAACCAGUUAGGUUGUUGUUUUGUAGAGUAAUUUAAUAUUAUCAACUGAGUUGAUAAUGAUAAUUGGCAGCCACAAAGAGUUUAAAAGCUAAUGUUUUGAGUAUUAGCUUUUCAACCAGUUUCUCUAAUGAAAGGCUAACACUUGAAACAUCAGCUUUUAAACUCUUUAUGGUGGCCAAUUCACACUAUCAACUCAAUAAUACUGUUGUUUUUGAUAAUUUACAUUAUCAGAAACAACAGUGUUUUUAAGUAUAGCCUUAAACGUGAACUUCUUGAAGAUUUUAUAGAUUCUCAAUGAUUCUCCUUUCAAUUGAUGUUAUAUUGUUGUCAUUAAUUAGUUGUUAAAAAUAGUUAUUCCCUUUUGAUAAUAAUGAAUUGUAGUUAAUGACAGUUACUUAUUUUAAUUGUAGUUGUAGUUAUUGUCUUUGAAAAGUCCCUUUUGGGAAAGUCAAUAUUAAAUAAUGUAUAUGUAACUCAGUUGAUAUACUAAAUUACCUGUAAUGUUAUACUCUCCCUCCAAUGCAGCACCACAAUUUCUUUAAAAACUUACCCUCUUUAUUGUUGUUUUGUAGUUUGCUUUCAUAUCUUGAUCUCCUAUGUGAUGAUCAUUACAUGAUGAAGUUACUAGUCAGAAUAUAUUUUAGGUAUUCAUUGUUUGUCCAAGUUUGCUAAUAAAAUGAGAACAAACUGUUUUUUUUUUUAAUUUUUUAAUUUUCUCACAUUCAGAGAAUACAGUAAUGAAACAAAACUGGAUCUCCAAGCCCUAAUGUGUUAUGCUAACCUUCCACCCCUUUAGGAUGCCAAACACUUUGGAUGGAAUGUCCCAGAUAACAUAAACUUUUCAUGGUAGGAAUUUCUUUUGAUUACAGUGAUGGAUAAGUAUGUAAUUUUUUUUUCUUCAAAGCAGAUUAUCAUGUUGAAAACUAUUAUAUUGUUUUUUUUUUGGUAGGGAAACACUUGUGACAGCAGUUCAGAAUCAUGUCAGAUCACUGAACUGGGGCCACCGUAUUCAGUUACAUGACAAGUAAGUCUGAAAGUCAUAACACUUGUUAAAAGGCACUGAUAUUUAGUUUCAAUGUGCGUAAUUACUUUUUUCAGUUGGUGAUGUGCAGUUUCCAGCUGUUUUGUGAAAUUUUGUGGGAAAAAGAGUAUAAAAGUACAUGCGACAAUCCCCAGAAGGUAUUAUAGGAAGUUUUCAGGUUACAUCUCUUUGACCUCUGGAAAUCAGGGAAAUCUGAGAAAAGGUCACUGUAAGAACAAGGCAUAAGGGGUUUGAUGAUUUCAUUUCAUUGUUUAUUUGUUUUAAUUAAUACAUAAUUAUUAAAUCCAUUGAUUACUGGAUUCCUAGAUUAAUUUUCAUGAUUGUUACAUGCACUUUUGUCCAUUUUUUGGACAGCUUCUUCAAAACAACUGAGUAUAUAAGAUGUAAACAACAGUGUAACUGUUUUAAUUUGCAGUUUAGCAGUGAUAUGAUUGUCUACAUUACUAUGAUGCCAGUUGCAUGUCUGUGUCACCAUCUAUCCUAGUUUCCCAAUCUUGGCAGUAGCUAACAAUAUUUUCUUUUUUAUUUUCAGGAAGGUUGAGUAUGUUAAUGCUAAAGGUUCCUUUCUGGACUCUCAUACAAUCAAGGCAGUACUGAAAAAUGGCACUGAGGUACAAAAUAAAACAAUUGUUUAUCAAAUUGAUUGUGUACUGUGGGUAGUAUAUAUUUUGGAAAAAAAUAAAAAAUGAUAAGAAUGGUAAUGUUUGAUAUAACUUAGCACUCUAAAAAAUUAUAAAAGGAUAAAGGUUAUAAGUUAUGAGCUUUUGCACCGAGUUCAUGUUAGUAUUAUAUACAAUAAAUAAAAUUAAGCACAGUUACAAGCAAUGUUCAUAUUGCUAAAUUGUUAUUGAAUACUGUAUGUCAAGUGAGUAUCUUGUAUCUAUUUAGUAGUGUUGAUAUAAUAACUGAAUGACGUAAAUAACAAAAUUUUGACCAAAAAUAGGGAUAUAGCUUUAAUUUGACUUUGAGUGACCAUACAGAUAUUGGAUUUCUCUAACCUAGUUAACAUCAGAAUAACCUUGCUAGCAUAACAAAUUGUACUACACAGGCCUUUUUGUGAUAGUCUGAACAUUUUAUCUUCGUCACCUAACAUUGCUGUGGACAAUUUUCUUAAGAAAACAAACAACUUUUUUAGACUUGUGAGGCUGGGGUAUACAGAUCCCAUUAGACACCUAGCUCUGCUUAUCAGUUGGUUAUUUGUCAGUUGUGUGUUCAGGUUGGCUAAUCGCUGUUUUUAUAUUAAAAUUUUUUUUUAGAAAACUAUGAAGGCAGAUAAUUUUGUAAUAGCUGUUGGUGGAAGACCAAAAUUUCCUAAGGAGGUUAGCUACCUGAAUAUCAGUCAGAGUAUUUACAAAGUUGUUACUUUUAGCAUACCUUUUCCUAAUAUUAUUUUGAAUGGGUGGUUUAUUGUGGAUUGGGAUGGUGUGGGAUUUUUGGUAACCCCCAAACAGGUCCUCACAAUCAGUGCUGCAGGAUGUGUGUUCCUCUGCCCAUGAGGAAGAAUUGAGGUGAUUUUGGUGAGGUUUGUCAGGGGUCUGGUAUCAAUAAUGAGGGCCAGCAAGGAUGCUAUAGUGAUUGGUUUUUUUUUUUUUUUUUUUUUUUUUUUUUCCAGACCUCUUCCAGGCAAGGGUUGUUUUAAAGCUUAAUUCUUUCCUGCGGGCAAUGAAAUGCUUAUGUUUGCAUGCUUGAUUUUUGGAGAUGCUAAAUUUUUUUUUUCACUUUAUUCAUAGGCUCAUUAAAAAAAGGCUCAAAAUCUUUUCUUUGCCUUUUUGUCAGGGAGCUUUUUCUUUGCUGUAAUCCUUUGCAAUAUUUUCUUUCCAGGUUCCUGGUGCCAUAGAGUAUGCUAUCAGCAGUGAUGAUAUUUUUUCCUUGAAAAAAUCUCCAGGGAAAACGUAAGUUCAACUUAUCAUAUUCCAUAGAUGUGCUUACGUUUCAAAAUGUCCUGAUUUCCUUUAAAAUUUAGUGAAAUUGAUAGGUUUAUUAUAAGAUAAAUGAAAGAAAUGCUGGAUUGAAUCUGAGGUUAUGUUUUCACUUAUUACUAACUCUUACUACUUUACUUUUACUACAACUUUAAUGGGCAUUUUUGAUGAUUAGUGAUCUUAGCCACAUCACUGAAAUGUUUUGUAUGAUGAGUAAAAUAUUUCUUUACCUCCCCUCCCCCCUCCCCACAAAGUGCCAGUGGAUUACAUUAGGAAACUGUAUGAAUGCUAGGAUAACCUUAAUAGAUCAGAACCUGAUUCAGACAAAAAAGCCUCUGACUCUUUAGUAAAUUAUUAAAUCAAUAAAUUAGAGCUCGCAGAACUACUUGGCAAGAAAAGCAAUUGUUCUAUGUCGGCAAGACUGCAGAUAAUUUGCUUUUCAGGAUAGUUAUCAAGGUACUGCCUUCCCCUUGUAAAGGUUAUUUCUCUUUACAACUUUUACCUAAAAUUAUGUACAAUUUUUUAUUAUUUUUCAGGUUAGUUAUUGGUGCAUCUUGUAUCCUUGGUAGUUUUUUGUGGAUUUGUCUUUUCCAAUUUUGACUUUUAUUCAUCUGUUUUGAAUUCAUUGGACCAGAUGAACCUUUGAAUCUGAUUUGUUCUCUAUGGUGCAAAUAUUUGCUGAUGCAUCGUUGAUGAUUUUUGCUCAAAAUCACAUUUUAUUCCCAGCCAAGGAGAAUGGAUCAGUAAAGCAAAAACAAUCAGAUUUCAAUUUUUAGGGGGUUGAUGGAACCAGAAAUGCCUCUUUUGUUAGCUCGUGUGUUUACAUUGCUAGCACUGAAACUUGUCUUCAACAUGGUAACCAGCAUAAUUAAAUUUGAAUACAUAGAGUUACUUGAUCGAACAUUUUAUGGCUGCAGUUUUGAAUGAUCAAUGGACUCGGAGUUUUCUCUAUAAUUAUCUUGUUUGGAGUAAACAUACACGCUGCCACAAAAUAUAAAACAAUAGAAUAAAAAAGUUGGUUAAACGGUCCAUUUUUUAAUUAUGUGCUUGGUUGUCAAGUCUUUGAACAGGAGUGAUGCUAAGGUUUACCUUGUUAUGAUGCAAACUUUGUUAUCAUGCUAACUAGAUACUGGUCUCUCACAACAAGGUCACCUUCAGCCUCACUCCAAAUCAAAGGCUUGGCAAUUAAGUACAUAACAUUAAAAUGGCCAAUUGGAGAUGGGUCAGAAUGCUGCCAGGUAUUGUUUAAAAAUAACUGGCCCCUAAAAUUAGUAUGUUUUCCAGCUGCAUAGUGAUUUCCCUAACACUUUUUUAUAUAAGAUGUUGCCUUGGAGUGUGCUGGUUUCCUGACAGGCUUAGGAUAUGACACAUCUAUCAUGAUGCGAUCCAUUCCACUCAGAGGGUUUGACCAGGUUGGAACAUACACUAAACCAAGUACAUUUCAUAAGAUCGUGACUAAAGAUAUUUUAAUACAUCAACCAUUUCAAUCUUAAUUUUAAUAUUUGAUCAACUAAUAAUCCCCUAAUUGAUAUUUUUCUUUAUUCUCAUCACUUGUUAGCUUGAUACUGUAUUGAUAUUGUUAAGAAAAAAUUCUUCUGUCACCCGUGGGCGUCAAAAGGUCAAUGAGAGGGGUUGCGAGUAUGAACUUAAAACAGUAAUGUCUCGCUUUGCUCAGGGUGCAUAUGGUACUUACCUCUUUGAUACCCCAAUUUGAUUAGAGAACCCUGUUAUUAAAGACAGCAUUGAAAGGGAACGGCCCUUACCCACCAAAAGGCUUUUUAAACUAGAAAUAACCUCAAGGGGAACGUCAUGUUUUAAGUUCCUCUUCCUCUCUCUCUCCCCCUCCGAGGGUUGUCCAAUACACCCAAAUUGAGUCGAUUCGUUUACCAUCCCCACCCCACCCCACCCCACCCCCCUUCUAUAAACAGAAGAUCAGUGCACCACUUGCUUUAUCCCACUGACACCACUCCUCGUGAUGAACUGCGCGCGGUUUCUGGCACGAGAGCUUUCCCAAAAAUAAGUCGACCCUGUACAAAAGGAACGCGUUUUCCUUUCAAUUUUGUUUGGGAAAAAAAAUAUCUGCGUUGGUUUAAGUGGAAUAGAAACUCUGAAGUUUAAGUCCGAAUGAAAUAAAACUUUUCGCUUUCCAUAGGUUGUAUACUUUCGUCGGUUCGUGUGGGCCAUUUGUGAUAUAUUUCUAUUGUUUUGUAGCCACCUUUCCUAAUUAUUGCAAUUAAGCUUUUUCCGAAACUCAUGUUGCUUCAUACGCAGUUUAUUAGAGUUAAAAAGUCCUUCCUUCUCUGCAGCAAAUGGCACAACUUGCCACUGAUUACAUGGAGAGCCAUGGAACAAGAAUCAUCAAGAAGUGUGUUCCAGUGCGGAUAGAUAAAGCUGCUGAUGGACUUCUUCAUGUAACAUGGAAGGAUUCUGUGACGGGAGAAUCACGCAAAGAACCGUUUGAGACUGUUCUAUUUGCAAUCGGUAAGAACUCCAUCAAAACCGAUAUCCAAGAUUAUUUUUUCUCGUACUUCCUUUAUGUAAGUAUGUAAAGUUGAAUCAGCGAUAAAAAUUAAAGGAUUAAAUAGGGAAAGAAAAAUAGUUCAUAAUAUUCGCCAAAAUUUAGCCGAAAGAGGUAAGUGUUUCUUGGAAUUGAAACCGAACUUUAUGUGCAGUUUUGUUUUCAGAGGCGAAGCGUGGUUUUUAGUGUUGAUAAGUGAUUGAUCUUCAAUAAUCCACGAAUUUUUUUUCAGAAUCUCAUUUCUAUCGCCCUCUUUAUGAGUGCAAAAUAAAACUACUUGAAAGCCUUUAGGCCAGUGUUGAAAUGUUCUGAAUAUUUCACAAAUCAACUCAUAAGUCGAGGAUCCGACGUUGUUAUCUUGGUACUUAAAGUAUUAAUUCAUUAAGUAAUUAGAGACUUAAAUAUGAUCCUUGUGCCUCGCCUUCAUAUUUUACAUUUGGUAUUUCACUAUAAGUGCCUGUGGCUUUAGUAAUUCUCCAUAUGAUUUAAUUAGUAUGGGCGGUUUGCCUGUGACAUACGAAUCCAUUUGGUUCCCAUAGUUAACAAUUAUUAGUUCAUAGCAACAGUGGAUAUCGUUGAAGGUGCGCUCUGAUUGGCUACUCAAACCUCUGAAUAUCCUUGCCAUUCACCUCCGGCCAUCAUCAUCUUUUUGUGCUAUAUUAUCUCACUGUUUCAUUAUAUACUAAAACAACUAUUUACCUCAGUGUCGGUGGAUUAAGAAGGAUUAUUGUUAUUUUAGGUAGAGAUCCUGAGACAUCACAGAUGAAUCUUGAGAAAGCCGGGGUUCAACUGGACCAACAGACCAAAAAGAUCAUAGCCAAUGACAAGGAGCAAACUUCAGUUCCGCACAUUUUCGCCAUUGGGGACGUCGUUCAGGUCAGAACCAUUUAUGUUGUGAAGUUAGAAAAAACGUGCGAACGAUGUCUUUGUUGAAUUAUUAGGGACUUCAAGAAAACCUCGACAGUGACGGCGACGAGAACGUAGCGAAACAAAAGAUGUAAUGAACAAAACAACAGCUUUGCACGUGCGUUUAACACUUUGGUCAUUCCUCAGGCGUCUCGUACAGAACAAAGUAAAGAAACUUUUUAAUUCGACAGAAAUUUAGUCACGAUUUUACUUUGAACUCAACACUUAAUUUAUAUUUUCUGCCGAAUGGAAGAUGUCGCACCGUCAGAAACGGUAAACGCGUCGAGCUACUGACGAAAUUCUUAGGGGAUAAGGAAGUUGGCUUUUUUCGGCAACGUUUUCCAACACUCCGCCGUAAUGAAAUCUGAAACUCUCUAUUAUAGCAGCACUGCGUGGCUUCAUUGGAAAUUUCCCUAAUUCCCUUUAUAGCCGUGCUUUCUGUUCUUUGGGAUGUAAGCCAUCUCAACUUUUCCCCCCAGCCACCCCUCUUUUGGGGCUACGUUGCUUUGACGGUUUGAAAGAACAAGGAAAUCCUCCGAACCAGUUGAUGUUUUUUUAGACUUGUGAAGUUUUUUGAGAACUGCAAUUUUCUUUGUGAACAGGAUCGUCCAGAGCUGACACCUGUAGCCAUCAGAGCGGGAAAACUGCUCGCUGAUAGGCUGUUCGGGGGGUCUGACGUGACGAUGGAUUACGACAAGGUAUGUCACAGGUCCACCGUGGAUGAACCAUCUUUCAGCCUGUUUAGCUUGUUCCAGGCGUUCAGUUAGUAAACAGGACUCGACAGCUUCUCAGAGUUAGAAAAAAGCGAGGUUCUGGACAUGUCGCAUGAAACGCUCCUCCAAAAUUACCCUCCUUUGUUUGCUGAGCUUGUCCCAGGCGUUCAGUUGGUAAAACGAAGAGCAAUGAUGAACCGCACUAUUGUAUCAGAGGAGUUAAAAAAAAGGAGGGAGGCUUGGGUCGGGUUGCAUAAUGAACUACAUGCGACCAGACCCAAACCUCGCUCGUUUUCGCUCUGCUGCUAUUUUCGCGCCGUUUUUUUAUUUUGCGCCAUUUGACCACGUUUGGAACUGGCCCUUUUUCUCUCCGCCUUAAGUUUACAGACAUCUCAAAGUACCUUUUUUAAGUGUAUCAACACAAACAUGUAAUUUUCUGUGAACUGUUAAAUAUCCCAGUACACUUAUAGAUAACAAUAUUCCCUUCCUCUGAUCUUUUUCAACUUUAGGUGGCGACGACAGUGUUUACUCCAUUGGAGUUUGGAACAGUUGGAAUGUCAGAAGAGAAAGCUAUUGAGCGUUACGGGGAAGACAACAUUGAGGUUAUUUCUCAUUUGUUAGUUAAUAUACCUCCAAUUAAACUCGUGAAAAGUUUUGAAAAUUGGUUUGUUUUCUCCUUUGGCUUCGUAGGUUUAUCAUGCCUUCUACAAACCACUAGAAUUUACAGUACCUGAAAGAAAAGUGGAGCAGUGUUAUAUUAAGGUAAAGUGUUUCCUUACAUGUGGUAGUCACUUUUAUCCCCGCUUGAUAUAUUUCACGUUUCUUAGCUUUCAUAUGGUUUGUUCUUCUUCUGUGUCGAGGUCGGAACGUUUCGUGUGUUUGCGGUAUCUCUUUCAGUACUUGAUAAGUUUUUUUUUCAUCGUUUAUUUGUAUUUCUUUUCCAUUUCUAUUUAUGAUAGUUAUUUUCUGCUUUUUAAGAAUUAACUACUUUUCGUUCUUAAUUACAAGAGAAAUCUGCUGAGUGAGAAUGUUGUGUCAGUGCAGGCCUGUGCCUCGUCACUUUGGCUCGCCUGGAUGGGAGAGACAACCGCACACAUCUCAGCAGUCUAAGCUGCUUCAGUAUAACUUUGAAAGUUAUUUCCGUUUAAUUUUUUUUCCCAUUGUCUUUUUUUGUAGGCCGUCUGUUUGCGUGAAGGUGAUCAGCAAGUCUUAGGUCUUCAUUUCCUGGGUCCUUCAGCAGGCGAAGUAAUCCAGGGAUUCUCUGCUGCUAUGAGGUGAAUUUUACUUUGCCUUCUACUAAAACCCGACAGGAAAUUCCCUUGAAUUUAUUUCGUGAACGGAUGGAUUAAGAGUUUCAUCAUUCCAGUAUUAUUUUGAGAGUGUAGAGUUGCAAUAUGAAGAAAGAGAUAAGAACGACCUCAUUAUAUAUGAUAGUGGAAAGUGUUGCAUUUGUGUUUCUAGCUUGAAGGCGUCGUCGUGUGUAUUCCCAGACAAAACCUGAACCACCGUUAUUUGCGGCAAAUCAGAGUGAUAUUUGAGUAAAUCGAAGGAAGUCGUUUCUAAGUCAUAGUUAAUACGGGUAACAUUUUGAGUACGGUGAGCCAAAAAAUAACGAUUCACUGAACAGUUCUUUAACUGCACGAAGUAACAAAAUCACAAGAAUUUCACUUCAUCAAAAUCAGUGAAUAUGAAAGGGAUCUUCCUAGUAAUGAACACUAAGGCCUGAAAUGAAUUCAGGCCUGUACAGGAUUUGAACCCAUUACCUCUGCGAUACCGGUGCAGUGCUUUACCGAUUGAACUAACAAGCCAAUAAUAAACCCGUGAAGUGAGGAAUUAAUGACAAUGAAUAUAUGAUAAUCAUAAAUGUGAAGUGCGGAUUAAGAAAUGAAUAUAAAAGUGAUCUUCGCAGUAAUGAACACUACUUCAGCAGUAGUGAAAAUAAAGCCCGGGAAAAUUCAGGCUUUUAAGGGAUUUGAACCCAUGAGCUCUGCGAUACUGGUGCAGCGCUCUACCAACUGAGCUUACGGUUCCCUUUACGCAAUAUAUAUAUAUAUAUAUAUAUAUAUAUAUAUAGAUAUAUAUAUAUUGACCAAACUCAGUAUCGUUCAUUACUUAGUCGUUCACUCUUUUGUUGACUGCCGGAUAACUUGUGUCAAUCUCGAUUUCAAUCUCGAAACUUUUUCGUAAAUUUCUUUUAGUAUCAUUUACGUGUGAAUUUAUCAAUAAAACUCGUUUUUUUCUUUUUUAUUUCCUAAGGUGUGGCCUUAGUUACCACAGCUUGUCAUCCACUGUUGGCAUUCAUCCGACAUGUGCAGAAGAGGUCGUGAAGAUGCAUAUCACUAAGAGAUCUGGGGAUGACCCGACUGUCACGGGUUGCUGAGGUUAGAUCUGCCCUCACUAACGAGUGCGCCUUGGAAACUAGUCUCAUAUCUUUAAAGCAACUAAUUUUGUUGUUUGUCAAACAUGGAGGAGUUUCUAUUUAACUUAUAAUUAAUUCAAGCUUUUCGUGCCUGUUCUCUCAACCCACGAGAGUCACUAGCAUCGUAUUCCCCUUACAAUAUCACCCCUGAAUCAGACAUUAAGGUAAUGAGAAUAAAGGAAAUGAUCACCAACUUAAGAAGCUCCUGAUUGAUAGAAAAAAAUCUCCUUGUCAGCAUCUUAGGAGAUGUAUAUAGAACAGUAUGGAGAAUAUGCAUACUGAUUUUAGGGUGUGAAGGGUUAAAGUAAGAAGUAACGUAAUCGAUUUUUGUGGUCAAUCCAAGAAGGUUCUAUCAACAAAUGCUGAAUCUGUCUUGUCUUUUUAAUGUCUUUGUAAGUUAAAUCUGUAUGUGAGACAUGGUUUUUCUUGGCGCAUAGGGAGGGCAGACUAACAAUAUUUACAUCCAGACAGUGGGGAUGCCUGUGUUUAUGGCGAAAGGUUUUUAAAUUGUGUAUUGCAAGUAAACCUUUCUGAGUUAUCGACAGGCAAAAUUAAAUUUCUUUGGAUUAUAAUUUUUACAUUACAGUGUUUAAUCACAUUUGAUCUAAAUUUUUAGGUAGGAAAAAAAAAUGAUAUGAAAUUGUACCCUUGCUGUUUUGUCUGUAGGGCAUACAGUCGUGUAAUUUGCCUGUUUCUGUUUAUGAAAUUCAAAAUCUUGUCCUGUGCAUAUAUUUCUCGAACUGUAGGUACAAUUCUUUUUUAAGUAAGAAAUGUGAAAAAUCUGUACAACCAGCUAGUUACUAUAGAUGUAUAGUAAGAGACAAUGGUGAGUUAUUUCUUUAUGUGACCCUACUAGGGCUUAGCAUGGGUGAUUUGCAACUACUAAUAAAGCAUUUUUUUAUUAUU